AUGAAGAACAUUCAAGCACGCGCUGAUUUCGAUCCGGUGAAGGAGGUUCCUUCUCUCGAAGGCAAAGUGCUUUUCAUCACGGGCGGCACCGCGGGCAUAGGAGCUGAGACUGCUCGUACACUGGCGCCUCAUGGGCCCUCGCACAUAUACAUCACAGGCCGCAACCGAAAAGCCGCAGAUACGCUUAUUGGAGAUAUCCAGAAGAGCUAUGCUUCGGUCGGCAUGACGUUCAUUGAAGUGGACUUCACUUCAUUAUCGUCCGUGAAAGAUAAUGUUCAGAAAGGUUUCAAGCAUGAGAGGUUAGAUGUCUUGAUGUGCACUGCAGGUAUCAUGGCCAGCCCGCCGGUACUUAGCAAAGAUGGCUAUGAAACACCUACUGAUCAUGAGACCCCAGAGAUCCAAUUCGCAACAAAUCACCUCGCACACGCCAUGCUCAUCGACGUCCUUCUUCCCACGCUCCUCCGCACGGCCCGCACCCCCGCCUCUGAUGUUCGCAUCCUCAGCACCACAUCUAUGGGCUACGGCUUCCACCCGGGCAACGGCAUCUCCUUCGCCGAGCUCGACUCGCGCAGCUCCAUGCCGCGCUUCAUGCUCGGCGGCUGGGUCCGCUACGGGCAUUCCAAACUCGCCAACAUCCUGUACCCAGCAGAGCUCGCCCGACGCUAUCCAGAGAUCACGUCGUUAUCGAUCCACCCGGGCGUCGUCGCGACGGACCUGAUGUACAAGCAGGACUGGCAGACGCGAUGGUUCAUCCACAUCACGUGCUGGCUGCAGGGACUAAAGUACUUGACGCCGCAUCAGGGGUGCUGGAACCAGGUGUACUGUGCGGCGGUGGCGAAGAAGGAAGAGCUGGUUAAUGGGGGGUUCUACUAUCCUGUUGGACUGCAUGCACCAGAUAAGCUGGAUAAGGCCGCGACGGAUGCAAAUUUGGCGGGGCGGCUGUGGGAGUGGACGCAGGGUGUGUUGCAGAAGUUUUGA